UCUUCUUCUUCUUCUUCUUCUUCAUGUAACUAUCACCUACUUGGAUAGCAUAAUGGAAGCUACUUGCUCAACUCUGGCUUGGAUGUCUUUCUGGCUAAUGUUUAACAGAUUCUAUAGACAUGAUUGGUAUCAAGGCCCCUGUAUUGCAGCCUGGCCAUGGCUACUCUUGUUACUAUGAAGAUCUCAGUGGUGAAGCCAUCCUUAUCUCCAGAUAUAGAAGAUGAUGGACUAACAUGGUUGCUGUUUAGGGUGUCUCCUUCAUGGCCACAGUAUAAAGUUGAAGGAAUGCAGAGGAUAAGUCCUUAUUGAGAGAGAAUGUGUGUAUAUAUAUAUGUGUGGUAUCAAAAUGGCAUCCCUUCAUACGCAAUCAGGAGCAAGCUGACAGCCUGUAAAGAAGAAAUCGGCCUGGGUAGCCCUCUCCUGGAAAGAGAAACUAUUACUGGUAUCUCCAGGCUCGCCGACAGCCUCGACACGGGAAUGGCCAGGGUAUCAAAACUGAAGCCCGUCGUGAAGGCGCCGAGCAAACGGCACGCAUCAUAUCCCAGCUUUGAUCUCAACCGGCCAGAUAAUGCAGAGGAUGAUAGCAUAUCUAGUUAUCCACCGCUGUGGUCACUGAGUCUGCAUCAUGACAUGCUGCAGAUGCUUCUGACAGACCCUGCUUUCCCGGUUUCCAUGCAGCAGAGACAUCGUCAUCUGUGGUACUCAGCCACCGAUGGAUGAAAGCCAGAGAGUCGGCCUGCUCGCUUGUCUGCCUGCUCGUUGCUCGGCUUUCUCUCCUAGACGUAUGUCUUAUCUGACGACUGGCAACGCGCACGCCAGUCAUGUAAGUCGGCUCUUCGUCCUGAGACAUGCUGGCUUUAAAUAGCUCUGCUCUCAGUCUUACGAAGCUGUUGGCUGUUCCGGCAAUGCAGCGCCUCCUUGAUCGCUGACUAGGGAGCAGCAAGCCAUCGGAGUACAUGGCCCGGCCGCUCUCGAGACGUGUCCAAUUGCGGAGGGAGAGAGAGGCGGCUCCUUGCUGGCCGUUGGCUUCUCCAAGCCU